AUGCCCGAGAUCGACGUCGGCUUCAUUCCAAAAUGGCUGCCUCGUUUUUUCUGCUUCUUCUCAUUCAUUUUCAAUCCACUAUUGAUCUACCUUGUUAUAACCCAAAAUAAGUGCAAAAUCGGUCCUUAUCGGCAAUUUUUGGUAUGUUUCGCUUUAUUCGACAUGACCUACUCAGUAGUCGAUGUUAUAGUGGGAAUGGUGAGUGCAAGACUGGAUGGUAAGAUAAAAUAUCAGAUUCGACAAAGAUCGUAGCCAGGAAACUUGUAGACUUAUAACGUGCUUGAAUUAAACGUUAACGAUACAUGCGAAUCUAAUUUUUGUUUAAUUUUCUAAUUAUAUUACAGUUUAUUGAGCAUUAAAACUCAUUUUUGCAAGAAUUGAGUCAUAAGUUCCGAUACUUGAUAGGUAAAUCCGCUUUUGAAGAUCGGGAGUUAAAAGCCUUUGUUCUGAAAUAAGUCAAUUUUCCGGCUUCACAUCACUACGAAUCAGCUUUUGCCGUUUUUGUCAGCCACGGACCAUUUGUCGAUGUAAGAAAUACUCAAAAUCAGUUUUUAACUGAUCUUAUUCUAGAAUCGGAUUUAUGGCGAAAUCGGUGUAAUCAUUCGAUGUGCUUUCAUUUGCCUGAGCUACGGUAUUUUCGAGCUUCACUUCAUUUAUCGCUACAUCGCUCUGUGCAGGUUUUUUGUUGCUUCAACAUUUUUCACUAUAUAUUCUUGAGGCCUCAUCUCAUUCACUGGUUCACUCGGCCAUUGUACAUCUUUGGAUGGUUUCUUUUUUGGCUCUCUUUUGGUAUCUAUUGGGGUUUCGCCGGUUCUUUGGCUUAUUUCGACAAGGAAGACCGCGAGUUUUUGCGCGGAACUUUUUUAGUCAGUUACAAAGUCAAUAUAGAUGAGCUUGGACUUAUUGGAGUCCGAUAUAAGGUCUUUUCAAAAAUAUGGGCAUUCUAAAAAUUAAAGCUUUUCAGACAGCUCGACCAGAAACGCUUUUAAGAUACUGCAUAGCCUUGGGAAUGGCUAAUGUGAUUUCUAUAUCGGUUAUCGUUUCCUAUGUGUUUCUGGGGUACAAGGUGAUAUUGAAGAUGAUCCAUACGUAUGUUAGGUCCCGUCCGAGAGUAGGCGUUCUUUUAACCUGGUAUUUUUCUCUUUAAAGUUUUCGAAAACUAUGAGAAAAAAUUUGGCGUCCAAAAAACAGGGAAUGGGUCUAGCCUACGUUUUAUGUAGUCAAUCCGUCCCGACCUGAAAGGCGAGAGAGACGGAGGAGUGGGCUGGACGCGUAGCGUGUGCGUACGCGGUUUCUGGCAAGAAUUCAAUUUAACCGACAGUGGCUAUUCGUAG